UUUUUGCAGCGGAAUACAUUUCUUAUUACUUUAAUUACUAUUUAAUGUGUUUAUGAUACGAGUCCGUUAUGACAGGUGUUAAUAUGGAGACCUUUCCUCAGCUAACCGUAAAGGACUGUUGGGUCGUUGGGCUCGAGCGCUUCGCUGUUGGUGCUGCUGGAGAAGAAGAGGAGUUUUUCGAGAUUAGGAUUGAAUGGUUUGAAAAAAGCAUAACAUAUCUGCGAAGGAGAUAUUACGAUCUAGUGAAACUUGUUAAGAAUUUAAGUAUAUCAUUUCCAGACGACAGAGGACGUUUGUCUCAACCAAUGAUGCUUAAGGCACUACAGAGGAUAAAAGAAGCAGAGGAAAACAAUAACGUUAAAACGAGGUUGGAUGAAGUGGAAAAAUUACUGAGAAAUAUAAUCAAAAUGCCACAAAAGUUCUCUCACUCUGAGGCAGUUCUUACAUUUUUCAAGACUUCUCCUCUUGACUACACUUUGAAAAGCUUGUAUGAACCAAUCCAGCCUCUCUACCAGAGUUCUGUCACUGUAGCUGAUGUAAGAAGGGCCAAUGGGUUUUGUUUGGCCAAUACAGAAACUGUUCUUUUUGAUCCGUAUUUACUAGCACAAGGAGCAGAACCAUCAUCAAAGUACAGCUCUGAGGUUGAGUCCCAGAUGUGGACUGGAAUGAGAAAUGGGAUCAGAUGCAUCAAGGAAACUGUGCAUAAACCUGGCAAGUGCCUUAAGACUGCUGGUACCCCUGAAAGUAAAGACACAGACCAUCAACCGAAAAUAUCACAGAUUACCACCAGCAACAUGACCUACCUCGACCUACAAGCCUGUGAGACAGACAUUCUUGAAUGACAUAGUGCACUUGACAAUGUAAUUACAGCUUUCUAGUGUGGAAGUCCACAGAAAUAUUAAUUUU